AGGCCUCGCGGACUCAGUUGAGCGGGUCCGCCCGUUGCGUCCUGGCUGCCUGCAGCAGCACGCACUCGCAGCGCCCUCUGUCUGCUCUGUCACAACGCGGGGAGGAAGAGCAGGAGGAGCGCCCGGCGGUGACGACGUUGGUGACGACGCAUCCGUGACAGCGGUGACGGUGUUCGGCCAGCCGCCGCACCCCGGGACCGGCCCAGGCGACACCCUGGGCCCAUGAGCCCGACGCUCGGCGCCUUGGCGCGCGCUCGGCUCCACGUCACCCUCAAGGCCAAGGGCCGUGGACCAGCCGACCUCUGACGGCCUCGUCGGGGCGUCGAGCCAACUCACACUCGGGGGCUGCUCGGCUGAGCAGCUGAGCCCACCGGGACCGGCCGAGGACCGGGUGAGUUGAGUUCACCAUGGGCGACGGCAGUGGAGCCCAGGGACUCCCCUCGUCACCUCCACCGUGUCAGGGGGAGGGACUCAACAAUGGACUUCUCAUGGGGGGCGGCCCUUACGUGUCGUACGGCAUCGCUGGCGGCCAGGGCCUCCACGGCGCGCUCGUCAAGAAGGUCCCCAACGACAAGAGCAGCUACCUGUCCGUCGGGGCGGCUGAACUGGGGCUGGCGGGCCCGCUUCCCAUGGGCUCUGGCCAGGGCCCGGGGGGCACGUCCCCGGGGUCGGUGGCUAGCGGUGGCAGCAGCGGCGGCGGCGUUGCCGGCGGCAAGGCACCCAUCACGCUGAGCAACCUGCCGCGCAGGCCGCCCGUCGCCAUACAGUUCAAUGGCCUCGCGUACUCCGUGUCCGAGGGGCGCAAGAGAGGCUACAAGACGCUACUGAAGACGGUGAGUGGCGUCUUCUGGUCCGGCGAGCUCACGGCCAUCAUGGGCCCGUCCGGGGCCGGUAAGAGCACGCUGAUGAACAGCCUGGCCGGGUACAGGACGUCCAACCUGAGCGGCAGCGUGCUCGUCAACGGGCGGCCGCGCAACCUGCGGCGCUUCCGCAAGAUGUCGUGCUACAUCAUGCAGGACGACCAGCUGCUGCCGCACCUCACCGUCCGCGAGUACAUGACCGUGUCGGCCAACCUCAAGCUCAGCGACGACAUCGGCGCCCCGGCCAAGCGACGCGUUGUGGACGAGCUGCUGGAGACGCUGGGUCUGUGCGAAUGCCAGGACACGCGCACGGGAAACUUGUCGGGUGGCCAGCGCAAGAGACUGUCCAUCGCCCUGGAGCUGGUCAACAACCCCCCUGUCAUGUUUCUGGACGAGCCGACCAGCGGCCUGGACAGCUCGUCCUGCUUCCAGUGCCUGACGCUGCUCAAGUCGCUGUCCCAGGGCGGGCGCACCAUCAUCUGCACCAUCCACCAGCCGUCCGCGCGCCUCUUCGAGAUGUUCGACCAGCUGUACGCGCUCGCCGAGGGCCAGUGCAUCUACCAGGGCUCGGUGCACGGCGUCGUGCCGUUCCUCGCUUCCAUGGGGCUCGAGUGUCCGAGCUACCACAACCCGGCCGACUUCGUCAUGGAGGUGGCGUGCGGCGAGCACGGCGAGCACGUCCCCAAGCUGGUGACGGCCGUGACGAACGGCAAGUGCAACAACCUGUACCAGACAGGACACUCGGCGCAGCCAGGUCAGCCCGGCUCGGGCGCCAACACUUGCGACUGUGGUCUGUCCGUGAGCAGCGCUCCUGGUGGCGGGGAGAGCUGCAACAGCUGCAACAGCUGCGCGCAGUCGGCCACCACGCUACUCGACUCGUCGGACGAGUCGCUGAGCGGCGGCCAUUUCCCCACCUCGACGGCGACGCAGUUCUGCAUCCUCCUCAAGAGGACCUUCCUCUCCAUCAUGAGAGACCAGACCCUGACGCUGUUCCGCCUGAUCUCGCACCUCACGGUGGGUCUCCUCAUCGGCGUCAUCUACUACGGCAUCGGGGAUGAGGCGUCCAAGGCCAUGAACAACGCGGGCUGCAUCUUCUUCACCGUGCUCUUUGUCAUGUUCACCGCCAUGAUGCCCACCAUCCUGACGUUCCCGAUGGAGAUGUCUGUAUUCGUGAGAGAGCAUUUAAACUACUGGUAUUCCCUGAAAUCAUUCUACCUCGCCAAAACGGUCGCUGACCUCCCCUUCCAGCUCGCCUUCUCGGUGGUGUACGUCUGCAUCGUGUACUUCAUGACGGCGCAGCCCAUGGAGGCGGACCGCUUCUUCAUGGUGCUGCUCAGCUGCCUGCUCACCUCUCUCGUCGCGCAGAGCCUCGGCCUCCUCAUCGGGGCCGGCAUGUCGGUGGAG